AUAUUCCUAUUUUGCUUUCGUCAACAAUUUGGUUGAAUGGGGAUUCGGUUCAUUGAGAGUAAAUAUAUAGCGUAAAUAAGGUAUGGGAAUCUAAUUAAAAGAUAAGAAUUUUUAAUAAUCGUCAAUGAAAUGGAUGUGGACGAAUGCUUUUAUGACGAAUUGUCGUCGUUUAUUUCGUCGCCCAAUGACUACGGCAUUAAUCAUGAUUUCGACGAGAUCAUAAGCUCGACUGUGUCGCAUCUAGAUGCGUCGUUGGACCUUAAUACGUUUUUACCCCAAGCUCGUGAAACUUCUUUACACAAUGACAAUUUGUUCUCCGAUUUAUUUCAAACAAUGCCAACUAGCCAUCAUGACUUGGAGCUCAAUUUUAACAAUAAUUCGGAAGCUGUCACGCAAAGUUGGACUGCAGCCUCAUCAGUGGAAGCAUCCGAAAGCGGGACAAAUUUGAUGACUAUUUGUAAUGAUACUACAGAAAUUGAAAAUUUAACAUGUGGUAAUCUGAUGGAGCACAUACAAGAUCGAGAUACUCCAUCUCCUACGGAAAGUUGUGACAGUUUCAGUGGCAGUUCGACAAGUGGAGUGCACAGCGACACCUCAGAUGCAUGGCAGAAUAGGCAACUAGACCAAAAUUAUAUGCCGUCUACCUUGCUCAAUGUCUCACAGUUGCCAAUGCCAUAUGUUCAAAGUUUUGCCAUUAAAAAUGAAGACAGUAUUGAAAAAAGCUUACAAAAGCAUGAGCUUUCAUCGUUGGCUCACAAUAAUCAGGAAUUAAAAGGGAAUUCUAUAGCCAAUACGGCAGUCGUUGCUCCGACUAGUUUAGGUCUAAAAAAGGUUCCGGCCACAGUUCACAUUCCUGUUAAUAUGGAUGAGAGCUUAGCUGCGAAACCGCAAAAACCCUGUCGAGACAAAAUGCAAAUUGAGCCUUCAACGGAAAGCGUCGGCAAAACUAAAACUAUAUUCCUUUCCACGAAUGACUACAAGGCACUCAUGGAUAAAAUUAACUUGAAUGGUUCUAAAGGAACUAAGAUUAAUGGAAGUGUCAAAACACAAAUCCCAAAAAUCGUGGUGAAGGCAGGAAAUGGUAAGGUAAAAGGCCACCAACAUAUGGUCGAUGGAACGAGUCCAACGGGUACACGCAGCUCCUCCAACUUGCUUAAAAAUCCGUAUCAUAUAUCACAUUCCAAUUGUAACCGUGACAGCUCUAUGGAGCCAGAACCCUUAAAUUACAAAUUCAAAAGAACGAUAGAUGAGAAGAUGUACAAAAAACAGCAACGGAUGAUUAAAAAUCGUCAAUCAGCUUCAUUGUCGCGACAAAAAAAAAAGGAAUAUGUCUUCUCAUUGGAGACCCGAUUAAAUAAUCUUGAGAAGGAGAACUAUACACUUAAAGGGGAAAAUUUGUCAUUGCGAAACCAACUUGUCGCUUAUGCCAAAACGUGCAAGUGCCGUAAAGGCAGUGCGUGUGAGUUUGUACUGCAUUCUUUAAGUUCAACUUCUCGACCUGACCAACACGUAAAAAUCGCUCCAAGACCAACUUCGAAAAGUUUUAAGCAGCAUAUGAAUGCAGCUACAGUUAAAAAGAAUAUUGCCGUGCUUUUUGCAAUGGCUUUCAUGGUCACUCUGAAUGCUGGAAAUUUUCAAUCAUAUUUAACUAACCAAAAUCAUGACGCGGAAAGCACUGCUGUCGUGUCCGAAUCGAAUGUAAACGACCCAAUUCCUAUUAGUCGUCGUCUACUUUGGGUGGAAUCUGAAGAGGAGUACAACGAGAAGCUAAACCAAAGCAAUCGUCAGCCAGAGGACUUAGCGAUGCCACCUUUACAUUUUCUACAUCCCACAAGUCGAAGUCAUAAUGUUACAAAAAGUGAGCGCUGGAAUUCUACGGUCUCUUCUAAGUUUAAUAGAGCAAACGAUCCGCCGCCUUUGAGUUACCCAAGUCCUUCAAAAUGUAAUGGUACUUGUGCUUCGUCCCACUCUAGUGACAACAAGUCGGAAUACUCUCGAUUGGCGUUUCAUUUAGAAAAACUAGCUAAUGCCAGUGGACACCUAAAAUUGAGCAUGAACACAAAAUUUAACAUUGAUCAGGAUAACUCACAUGGCUUUAAGUUUUCGACAGAUUAUUUGGAAUUACCUGAUAUGGAAAGACAACCUGCACGCCUUGGCAAACGUAAAAGUUUGUUAGGCUUUAAAGAGAUAUCAGAUAUUGAGCAUAAGCAACGGAAAAUGGAUAUACCCAGUCAUAAUAAAAAAAACACGCUUAAUGACAGCGAACCCAUUCAUCUUUUUAAAGGUAUUAAACGACAAGACGAUACAUUUUAUGUGCUCUCAUUUAAUACAGAUCACAUACUAUUAUCGCCGUCAACUUUUAAUAAAAGUUCCCGUCCGAAAAUGUCGUUGUUGUUACCUACAGCUGAACCAUCGCAAAAUGGCGACAUAAUGAUGAUGCAAGUCGACUGUGAGGUAUUCAAUACCAAGGAGGUUGAGCUUAAGUCGCACAUGAUACCUGCUGGAUUGCGGCCAAAUGUAACCAAGUGGCAAAUUAAACCAAAGCCCACUUCGAAUGUCAACAACAAAACACUAAGCAAUAGUAAGUUUAAUGACCCCUCUAUAAAGCACGAAAAACCUCGCGUACGCACAUACUUCAUGGUUGGACCGAAAAAUCAGGCAGCUGCAGCCGUGUCUCAAGAGAAGCCACGAUUAGUGGAGCUUAAUAAAAGCAUGGCUAAUAUUAGCAAGGUACACACUGCUGACUAUGAUCCUCGUUUACAUGGCUAACCCACAUUUAUUUCCUUAACUAAGUCUAGAUUUAUACUUUAUAUUUCAAAUGUUUUAUGUAAUUGUAUGUGUGAACCAUUAAAAAAUAAGUCUGCUGACAGAUUGUAAAAUA